GUGGGUGUUUGGAAUCCUAACCCUUGGAAUUGUGGGUGUCUGUGGGCGGAAGUCUCGCAGCCCUGGCGUGCCGUGUGCAGAGCGUCUCUAAGGUGCAGUGUGAGAUCUCUGGGUGAGGCUAAGCCAUUCAUAGUGCCAAUUUUCCCAACAUAACCAAGCUAGCCUCUGCCCGGCAACUCUACAUGGAUCAUCCACAUGCUGACCUAUCUUCAGAAUCCUGAGAAAAUCAGAGACAGACCAAGAGUAGAAACCACAGAGGAUAUGCCUACUGACAUGAAUUUCUGCCAGAUGCCCCAGCGAUUGAGAGCAGAGAAGCAGGAUGGAUCCUGUGAGAGAUUAGUGUCCUUCGAGGAUGUGACGGUGGACUUCAGCCAGGAGGAGUGGCAGCACCUGGACUCUGCCCAGAGACGCCUGUACCAGGACGUGAUGCUGGAGAUCUACAGCCACCUCUUGGCAGUGGGUAAAUUGCAGCUUGACACACAACAUCAACAAAUUUUUGUGAAAGCUUCAUUUCUAAGUGAUACAGCCAGUGAAGUCACAAGACUUGGCUCUUCAUAUUGCCCCGUUUUAGAGAAACUCUGGCCAGAUGAUGACACUGCUGCAAAGACAGAUCAGCAAAGCCAGGUCCUACCCAUAAGUCCUGAUGCUUUCCAAAACCAGAAAAUUCUGAACAUAGAUAGUGCUUGUGACUAUGAAGAAACUGGAGAAUCUACUCUUUUUGAACCCCACUUCAUGUCUACACAAUAUGUACCUCCAAGAGCAAAUAGUGAUAGUCAAAGCAAUACCAUAAAGCAGCUGAAUGAUAUCAUUGGAUCUCAUCAUUUUUUUACACAAGGCUCUUCUAAUGGUGUGUGUACAGUUCCUCAUCAAACAGAGAAAUCAUACAAUGAGAAUCAGUUUGGAAACAUUCUUUCUCCUAAUCUACCACUUAUGGAUCAUGAAAUUAAUUUUCAAGACAAACCAGUUGAAUAUACUGGAUGUGGGAAGGCCUUCACUGGUGAGACAGCUUUCUGUCAACAACAAAUAACUAACAAUAUGGAGACAGCCUUUAUCUGUCACACAUGUGGGAAAACCUUUCUUCACAAGUCUAAAUUGACCUCCCAUUCAGAAACUCAUAGAGAAGAGACACCUUAUGAAUGUCCUGACUGUGCCAAAUCACUGAGGCGUACGUCCAGUCUGCAAGUGCUUCGUGGAAUCCAGACAAAGGAGAAACCUUAUGAAUGUCACGUGUGUGGGAAAUCAUUCAGUUAUACAUCCCACCUAAAGGUGCACCUUCGAACACAUACUGGUGAGAAACCUUAUGCAUGUUCUGAGUGUGGAAAAGCCUUCAGCCAAAAGUCAGUUCUCACCAUACAUCAAAGAAUUCACACUGGAGAAAAGCCGUACACAUGCAGUGACUGUGGGAAAAUGUUUGUUUGUGCAUCAGAUCUAACAAAGCAUUGUCGAUUUCACACUGGGGAAAAGCCUUAUGAGUGCCCUGACUGUGGGAAAUCUUUCAGUAUUAAAUCUAACCUACUUGCACACCAUCGAAUUCACACUAGUGAAGGACCUUACAAAUGCUUUGACUGUGGGGAAUCAUUCAGGAAAAUAUCCCAAUUGAAGAUACAUCAUCAAAUUCACACUGAUGGUAGAUCGUUUGUAUGUUCUGACUGUGGAAUGGCCUUCAGCCAAAAGUCAGUCCUCACCACACAUCAGAGAAUUCACAAUGGAGAGAAAUGUUACCCAUGUAGUGACUGUGGGAAGUUGUUUCUUUAUGCUUCAGAUCUGAAGAAGCAUUGUCGAUUUCACACAGGGGAAAAGCCUUACAAAUGUCAUGACUGUGGGAAAUCAUACAGUGUGAAGUCACACCUACACGUGCAUCAUCGAAUUCACACUGGUGAGAGACCUUACAAGUGUGAUGAUUGUGGAAAAUCAUUCAGAAGAAACUCUCACCUACAGAUGCAUCAGCAAACUCACACUGGUGAGAAGCCUUACAAGUGCUCUGACUGUGGGAAGUCAUUCCGGAGAGCAUCCCACCUGAAGGUACAUCAUCGAAUUCAUACUGGGGAGAAACCUUAUGUGUGUUCUGAGUGUGGAAAGGCUUUCAAUGAUAGGUCGGUUCUCAGCACACAUCAGAGAAUUCACACUGGAGAGAAGCCUUACAUAUGCAGCGACUGUGGGAAAGCAAUGUCUUCUAAAGCCAAUCUCAAAGAGCAUCAACGGAUUCACACAGGCGAGAAACCAUAUGUGUGUGCUGAAUGUGGGAAGGCCUUCAGUGAUAAGUCUUCUUUCUAUAGACAUUGUAAAAUUCAUAGUAGGGGCAAACCUUUUGUCCAUAACAAAGGUGAAAAGGGUUUCCUGCAGAAUUCACAAGUGACAUCCUAUGAGCAAACUCAGAGUGCAGAGAAGCUAUAGUGAUUCUCUGCCUAUGGGAAAUCUGUCAUUGCUAUGUAUCAGCUGAAGGCAUAUAGUCAAGGUCACAAAUAUUACCAUUCCUGAAGCUGUGAGACAUUGUUCAUGAACUCUAGGUGCACCAUCCAUGCAAUACUGGGAAGAGACAUGUAUUGUGAAUGCAGAAAGUCCCUCAAAAUCAUGUCAUCUCAGUAGACUCAAGUACUUAUAUCAGGCACUUAUCUGAUCAUAUAAAAGAAUUUAUUGUAGUCAGUUCCUCAUCCAUUUCUCUCAUCAAAAUAUUCCCCUUGAUUUUAAUGAAAAGUUAUCGUAGAUCUAAAUAAGACUAGGAAGAUACAAUACUCAGUUGGUAAAAAUCUUUGUCUUCUGCAAACUACAGGCAAACACAUACACACAUAACAUGCCACAGGUGUCUAUAUACAAUACAUACACAAACUUUAUACAAGCCAUAGUCCACAGUUAAAAAAAAAGCUUUGUAUUGCUUGUUGAAACAUAAAUAUAAUUACAUGUUUGAGAAAUAUUAACUUAUAGGAAGAAGCACAAAUGCCUGCACUGUAGUAGAUGUGUUAUGGACUGUGUUUCUUUGCAUGCUGAAGAAAUGUUGAUUAAUUAUUUGAGACCUUCUAAAGUUAAAGUUACAAGGUUUUGAGGAUUUAGAGAAACGUUUAUUGGAAAAUACAUCAAUAGAUUUUUUGUUUAAGAUUUUUUUUUUUAACAUAAGACAGGGUCUUACUAUGUAGCUCAGGCUGUACCAGAAUAUAUAGACCAGACUGGCCUUGAACUCAACAGAGA